UGUGUAAAUGUUUCAUCCCCAUAUCCUGGUAGGUGUUAUCAAUUAUUUGACAUGGAGUCAUGGGCCAGUCUUGUUCCGGAUUUGGUAUCCUGCGCUUCAGACAAGCAAUGCUGUAAAUGGCUUUUACCUUUUGAAUCUUGAUAAAAAUCACCUUCGAAUUUCUUGUUUUCUUUUUCCUGCUAUGAUCGUUGAUCCCAUACCCUCAAUUAUGAGUGCAAGAGGAUUGUUGUUUCGGUAUCAGUGCCAGUUUCAGCAUAUACAGAAUGGGAUCGCCAUUACCAAAAACACCCAGAGUCUUCAAACGUAUAACGUUUCCUGUCAUCCCAAUUCUAGUCGCCGCCGUCCAACUCUUAUGACCACAGCCACCCAUGCCUUUUCUCUCUCUGGCUCCGGCGCCGGCGCCGAAUACUCUUCAGCAGGAGAAUUAGUGGAUAUUGGGAGGAAGGAGAGGAAGAAGAGAAUAGCAGGCAUUGACCAAGAUGAACUGUUGGAUCCAAAACUCUUAGCUGAUCCAGACAGCUGCUUUUGUGAGUUUCAAGGGGUUGAAAUUCAUCACAAGCUUCAUGACCCAGAGUUGCAUUCUUCAGAUAACUCCAAUGCCCAAGACCAGUCUCAGACACCUACCUUAAAGCUUGGUCUUCCUAUGAUUCUUCUACACGGUUUUGGAGCAUCUGUUUUCUCAUGGAACAAAGUUAUGAAGCGUUUGGCUAACCUCACAGGCUCCAAAGUUCUUGCCUUUGAUCGACCCGCAUUCGGCUUAACUUCAAGACUCGACACUUUUGGGACCAAAGCUAAUGAUGUGAAACCUCUGAAUCCUUACUCCAUGGCAUUUUCUGUGCUUGCUACCUUGUACUUUAUCGAUUUCUUGGCUGCAGAGAAAGCAAUUCUGGUGGGGCAUUCUGCUGGUUCUUUUGUAGCCGUUGAUGCAUAUUUUGAAGCUCCUGAACGAGUUGCUGCUUUGAUCCUUGUCGCCCCAGCAAUAUUGGCCCCUCGUGCUAUUCCUAAGCCUAAGGUUGUCGAGACUAAAGGAGACGGAUCGGACUCGAAUAAUCUACCAAAGACGAGGUUUGAGUUUUUCGGAAGGCUGUUCAUGUUUAUCAAGUAUGUCACACAAGCGAUAAUGCAAAUGAUAACUUGGAUGGCAAAUAUGUUCAACUCUCUGUAUAAGAAAGCACUUUCGUCUAUUCUUCGAUCGGCUCUCGGUGUAAUGCUGGUAAGGAUCAUAAUCGAUAAAUUCGGUGUAGCUGCUGUAAGGAUGGCGUUUUAUGAUUCUAAACAAGUCAAUGAACACAUCAUAGAUGGCUAUACCAAGCCACUGAGAACUAAGGGUUGGGAUAAGGCUCUUGUAGAAUUCACCGCAGCGAUGCUUUUGAAAGGCGAGUCUGAAACGAAGCUCCCGCUGUCAAAAAGACUGCACGAAAUCUCGUGCCCUGUUCUGAUUGUCACGGGUGACACCGAUCGAAUCGUUCCUUCUUGGAAUGCCGAGAGACUGUCACGAGCCAUUCCUCACUCGAAGCUUGAAGUAAUUAAGAAUUGCGGCCACUUGCCCCACGAGGAAAAGGUCGACGAGUUUGUUGGAAUCGUCGAGAAGUUUCUGCAAAGAGCUUUUGGUGGUUUGGAGGAGCAUUUUCUACAUGCAGUAACUUGAAAUCCGUAUGCUUCAGAAUGUUCACUCACUCUCAGAGGACGAAAAGGUAUAGUUCAAAUAGACAAAAGAAUAAAAAAAUAAAGCGAUGUUCUUGUAAUAGAAUUAGGACAACAUCAUGGAUCUUACAAUAAGACCAUUGUUUUGUGUCGUAGAAUAACAGCUUUCACAACC